AGGGCGCUCCCUGCCGCUCCCGGAAGCUGCCUCAGACGGGGAGACGUGUCGCUGCGGUGUCGCCGGUGCUGCCAUGGCGGAGCCCAGCCGGAUAGAGCAGCUGGAGCGGCGUGUGCGGGAGCUGGAGGAGGAGCUGGCUCGCGAGAAGGGCGGGCGGCGGGUGCCGCGGGCCCGCAUCGAGACCAUGAGCCCGGAGGUGACGGACUCCAACCCCUACAGUCGCUUGAUGGCGUUAAAAAGAAUGGGAAUUGUCAAAGACUAUGAGAAAAUCCGUUCCUUUACGGUUGCAGUAGUAGGUGUAGGUGGAGUUGGCAGCGUGACUGCUGAAAUGUUGACAAGGUGUGGCAUUGGUAAGCUGCUUCUGUUUGACUAUGACAAAGUGGAACUGGCAAACAUGAACAGACUCUUCUUCCAACCUCAUCAAGCUGGAUUAAGUAAAGUGCAAGCAGCAGAGCAUACUUUGAGGAAUAUUAAUCCUGAUGUUCAAUUUGAAGUCCAUAACUACAACAUCACAACACUGGACAACUUUGAACACCUCAUGGACAGAAUAAGUAAUGGUGCACUAGAGGAAGGGAAGCCCGUUGAUCUUGUUCUAAGCUGCGUGGACAACUUUGAAGCUCGCAUGGCAAUUAACACGGCUUGCAAUGAACUUGGACAAAUCUGGAUGGAAUCCGGAGUGAGUGAAAAUGCAGUGUCAGGACAUAUACAGCUGAUCAUACCUGGUGAAUCUGCUUGUUUCGCGUGUGCUCCUCCGCUUGUAGUUGCUGCAAAUAUUGAUGAGAAAACUUUAAAACGAGAAGGAGUUUGUGCAGCUAGUCUUCCUACAACUAUGGGUGUUGUGGCAGGAAUUCUCGUACAAAAUGUUCUGAAAUACCUGUUAAAUUUUGGUACUGUGAGUUAUUAUCUUGGUUACAAUGCGAUGCAGGAUUUCUUUCCAACUAUGUCUAUGAAGCCAAACCCACAAUGUAGUGACCAAAAUUGCAGAAAACAGCAAGAAAAUUAUAAGAAAAAAGAAGCCGCGAGACCAAAAGAUGAAGUAAUUGAACAGGAAGAAGAAAUAGUACACGAAGACAAUGACUGGGGCAUUGAAUUAGUAUCAGAAAUUUCAGAAGAUGAGCUGAAGGCUGCUUCUGGCCCAGUACCUGAGCUUCCUGAGGGAAUUACUGUAGCGUAUACUAUCCCAAACAAGGAAGAGAAUCUGAUAACUGAGGAAACGGUGGCGGAGUCUGAAGAAAGCCUAGAAGAACUCAUGGCCAAAAUGAGAAACAUGUAGCAAAACAAAUAUUAAGUAUAGCUUUUGGGAGUCUCAACUGACACAGGAUUUUGAGAAUACCAGGCUACUUCUACUUUUUUUUUUUCCUUUUUACCUCCACUGAAGCUUAUCUUUACAUUUCUGAUGAAAUGGAACUGUUACAGGGGCAGGAAGGAAACAGAAUUACCUUCUUUAUGUGCUGAUGUCUUUAUGUCUUUAACAUAUGAAGUUGUGCUACUGUAAAUUUUAAUUUCUCAGCAUUGCUACUGCUGAUUAAUUCUCUCAGCAUUCUACUGAACAUCUACAGGUGUUCAGUAGAAAAUAAAAGGAGAUGGAUAAACUAAAAGAAGCAGGCAUAGCACGUUACAUGCAAUAUCAUGUCAUGAGAGCAGUACGUAGUGUAGAAGAACUGAAAGAUGAAAUCUGCUGGAGCAGAUUGAACAGGUGAAGGGCAGAUGAUGGUGCCUCACUGGUAUUGCUGCUCCUGAUUUUCCAUGCACUUGUACACAUCAUUGGUCACCGGUCUCUAUAAAUUCAUGGCAUGGAUCAUGCUGUGGUUACUUUUUCUGAGUAAACAGAACAUUUCAGCCUUUUCAUCCGCCUUAAAUAUCUCUGGGAUUGAUUUAUUUUAUUGUUUUAAACUUCUCUGGUUUUAUCCAUGUUUUACUACUGCUUGUUCUUAAAUAGCUGCCUAUGUGUUUUGUGUGUGAUAAUGAUUUGAGUAUGCUGCAACAAGGCAGUGUCUUUUGUUAGUAGGCAAUUAUGCUAGGAGACUGGGUAUUAGCAUGCCACUGGUUCAGCUGGCAGAUGCUUUUCAGGACAAAAUCUGUAAUAAUUCCUAGCAACGUUGGAAAGAACAGGAGAUGUUGUCUAUGUCUUUGGAAAAUCUAAAUAUUGUAUUUUUUUGGUUUUUAAAAGUUUAGCUAUAAUUUGGAUCCAUCCCCAUCAUAUGGGCUAUAUUAAGGAAUAUACUUAAUCUGAGUUUGCAUAGGAAGCCUUCUGAAAUUAGAUGUUCUAACAUUUCUUUAGUGUUGCAGAUAUCUUCAGUGGAGUAGCUGAGCUAUUGUAUUUGUCUUGUAAAUACUAGUACAUAAUACUAGUACAAUAGUAUUACCUUUUAAAUUAUCAUGUGUUAAACAGACCUGUAAAUGUACACAACCUGUAGUGCGCCAGUACCCUGCAGAACUGGAAGGAUAAAUUUCAAGUAUUUUAACUGCUUUGGGCGUCUGAUCCAGAACUUGAUCAUGAUUUAGAUUUGACUUAGAAGAAUGUAAAUUUAAGCCUUCCGCAGUAUAAUACAAAUAUUUCCAACUUGAGCUGUUCAAAGAACCUUUCCGCAGCAUGAUGCAGCCAACACGGAAACAGCUAGUAAGGGUAGUGGCAGUAUCUAAUCAACAUGUGAAAAGACAGUAAUACGGUGGAGGUGCUUCUGUUUCUUAGGGCAGCUGAAUGAAUACAUAGUUAUAACCGUUGCUUAGAAAUUAAACAUUUUCUAAGCUUCAAAAUCUGUUUCCUCCACAGCUGACACUAGAUUAUGUUGUUUACGUAAAAAUCAUCUCUGAAGCUAGUGAGGGAGCUUUUGGGUGGAUUUUGUAUGCAGUACAUUAUACUGUAAAAUGGAAGAUUUUAUUUUUGGUUGAGUUCAGUUUUGGAGAAAACAGAUUUUAGAAAUGAACUGUAAAGAGGGAAAGGAAAUAGAACAAUUAGAUCAUUAAAAAAGUACAUACUUGAAUCUGUGUCACUAGGUCUACAUUAGCUUGAUCCAAGCGUCAAUUUAAGUGUUACUUAUGUUUCUCUGUGGCUUUACGUUUCUGUUGGGAACAAAAGUGAGGCACAAACCAGGCUCUGGAGAUUCUGAGGCAAAUGGUUGAUUCGUUUCUACAACAGCUCCAUUAACCUUGACUCUUAGCAGCUGUGUCAGCCAAACAGUUAUCACAUGAUUGACAGCUUUACAAGAGGCAACUGUUUACCAUUUUAAUUUAUGUACAAUUUUAUGAGCAAAUUAAUACACUUUUUUGUAUACAGAGUACACAAAAUGGUUCUCCUGUUACUUUCAGACUUCCAACUUGUAUAUACAAGAAGAAUUUGAAGUAAUGAGAAAAUACUUUGAGAAGAGUAUAUGUGCCAAUGGU